AUGUAUUUCUUCUAAAUAAAGUGACAAUUUGAAAGAAAAAAACUACAACGUGAAUUGAUUCACGCAGCUUACAUCGCCGGCUCAUUAGAAAUGUUAAUAGAUUCUUAGCUGGGGUUGUUGUUUUGAUAUAGUUAAACUGUGUAUUGAUUCUGUUAAAGCUUAUUACUAUUUUUGAAUUAAGUUAAAAGCUGUCAAAUUAUUGUACGUGAUUUUAAAAACUUGCAGUCAGUUAUAGACACUUUAUGUUUUGACUAAUAAGAAAAUAAAGUAUAUUCAGCUAACAGCUGUUUUUCCAGAGUUAAAUACUGUUACCAACAGAACGUCAGUCACAUGUUAAGUUAAUGUUAAACAACAGUCAACAGUUUUUGAUUUUUAUUGUCGUUUGGUAAACAAUUGAGCAAUAUGGGCAAAAGUGACAAAAAGUUAAAGAAAAAGCACAAGAGUAAGCGUAAAGAGCACAAGGAAAAGCACAAGGACAAAGCCAAGAAGUCAAAGAGGCAAGAGAAAAAGGACACGACACCGCCAAAGAUUGAGACCCCGUUGGUUGCGGCAGCCGACAGCGGCAGCGAGGAGGACUUCGCCAUACCAAUAGCGCUGAUGAACAGCAAAUCGCACGCCCCGGAAACGCCGGAGGAGUACCAGCGCCGGCAGAGCCAAAUACGCCGUGAGGUGGACCCGGUGACGGGCCGGACGCGCCUCAUCAAGGGCGACAGCGAGAUACUCGAGGAAAUCGUGAGUAAACAGCGGCAUUGCGAUAUCAACAGGAAGGCCACCAGCGGCGAUGGCGACUACUUCGAGGCGCAAUCCUUUGCAGCCGCCGCGGCCGCCAAGCGCCGCAAGCCAAAGUAAACAUGUUCUCAUU